AUGGCGACGAAUCGAUACAUCGUUGAGGUUGAGAAGGGUAAGGAAGGCGUCGAUGGAAGUCUCUCAGUUGGUCCGGUUUACCGGAGUAUCUAUGCUAAAGACGGUUUUCCUGAACCGGCCAAUUAUCUCGUCAGUUGCUGGGACAUUUUCCGUCUAUCUGUGGAGAAGUCACCAUAUAAUCCUAUGCUUGGUCGUAGAGAAAUUGUUGAUGGCAAAGCUGGGAAUUACGUAUGGCAAACUUACAAAGAAGUGUAUGAUGUUGUGAUUAAGCUUGGAAACUCUAUCAGAACUAUUGGAGUUGGAAAAGGAGAGAAAUGUGGUAUUUAUGGCGCCAACAGCCCUGAAUGGAUUAUAAGCAUGGAGGCCUGUAAUGCUCAUGGACUCUACUGUGUACCUCUAUAUGACACUCUUGGUGCUGGAGCAAUUGAAUUCAUUAUUUGUCAUGCUGAGGUAUCACUUGCUUUUUCAGAGGAGAAAAAGAUUUCUGAGUUAUUGAAGACAGCUCCGAAUUCAACAAAAUAUAUGAAGAAUAUUGUGAGCUUUGGUGAGGUUACAGAUGAGCAAAGAGCAGAAGCUGAGAGGCAUGGAUUAACAAUAUAUUCAUGGGACCAAUUCUUGAAACUAGGUGAAGGUAAACAUUAUGAUUUACCAGAGAAGAAACGAAGCGAUGUUUGUACCAUAAUGUAUACAAGUGGAACAACUGGUGAUCCUAAAGGAGUCUUGCUUACAAAUGAGAGCAUUAUUUAUUUACUUGAAGGUGUUAAAAAACUGCUUAAAACUAUCAAUGAAGAGUGUACAAGUAAAGAUGUAUAUCUCUCAUAUCUACCUCUGGCUCAUAUCUUCGAUCGCGUGAUUGAAGAGCUGUUUAUUUAUGAAGCAGCCUCUAUAGGAUUUUGGAGAGGGGAUAUUAAGACUUUGGUUGAGGACAUUUCUGCUUUGAAACCGACUAUUUUCUGCGCUGUUCCUCGAGUGCUAGAGAGAAUAUACGCCGGUCUUCAACAGAAACUUUCUGAUGGUGGUUUCAUAAAGAAGACAUUAUUCAACUUUGCAUUCAACUACAAAAAAAGUAACAUGGAGAAAGGGGAGCCUCAUGAGCAAGCAUCUACAAUCUCUGACAAAAUUGUAUUUAAAAAGGUAAAAGAAGGAUUAGGAGGAAGAGUGCGUUUGAUCCUCUCAGGAGCAGCUCCUCUUGCAGCUCACAUCGAAUCUUUCCUUCGAGUUGUCGCUUGUGCUCAUGUUCUACAAGGAUACGGUCUAACUGAGAGUUGUGGUGGUACAUUUGUGUCUAUCCCAAAUGAGCUUAAAAUGAUUGGAACGGUUGGUCCACCGGUUCCAAACGUUGACAUAAGGCUAGAGUCAGUUCCGGAGAUGGGUUACGACGCUCUUGGAAGCAAUCCACGUGGAGAGAUUUGCAUCAGAGGAAAGACUUUGUUCUCUGGUUAUUACAAACGUGAAGAUCUAACUCAAGAAGUACUCAUUGAUGGCUGGCUUCACACCGGUGAUGUUGGUGAAUGGCAACCAGAUGGAGCCAUGAAAAUCAUUGACCGUAAGAAGAACAUCUUUAAACUUUCCCAAGGAGAAUACGUUGCGGUUGAGAACUUGGAGAACAUUUAUAGCCAUGUAGCUGCCAUUGAAGCGAUAUGGGUAUAUGGAAACAGCUUUGAGUCUUACUUAGUGGCUGUGGUGUGUCCAAGCAAGAUACAGAUCGAACAUUGGGCUAAAGACAACAAAGUUUCAGGAGACUUUGAGUCUAUCUGUCAAAACCAAAAGACCAAAGAGUUUAUCCUUGGAGAAUUCAACAGAGUAGCCAAAGACAAAAAGCUUAAGGGAUUUGAGCUAAUCAAAGGUGUUCACUUGGACACAGUCCCAUUCGACAUGGAUAGAGAUCUUAUUACACCUUCUUACAAGAAGAAAAGACCUCAGCUUCUCAAGUACUAUCAGAAAGAGAUUGAUGAAAUGUACAAGGCAAAGAAGUGA